AGCCCGCCCAGAAGAGGAGGCGAACUCCUGGCCGUGCCGAGCGCCGGCAGCUACCCCGGAAAGGAGACGCGCUCGGUGGCGGCAGCGGAACCGGCGGGGGUGGAAAACGGUUGGCUGCGGGCCGGCUGGCCCUAGAGCCUCCGCGGGGGCGGCUUGGAAGCCAGGCGCGGGGCAUGGGGUCCGCCUGGCUGCCGCUGCUGCUGCGGGCCGCGCUCGGGGCCCUCCCCCCGCGGCGGAUAAGUGCCCAAGGAGGAGUUUUGCAUGCAGUUCAAAUUGACAGUCCCUACUUAUCGAAGGAUUAUUGCAUCUUUUACAAUUCUACCUGGACUUCCCUUCCUGAUGUCUUAUCUAGCAUUGACUAUGCAAAACUGGAGUUUUUGACCUCUACAUUGCUCUGCAGCCCAUCCGACGUUACCCAAGACAUCAAGGACAAAGCAAUCGUAGUGAAGAGGGGAAAUUGUACUUUUAUAGAAAAGGCAGAGAUUGCUCAACGGUUCGGUGCUAAAUUGUUGCUGGUGGCCAGUGAAACUUCCAUACGUUCUCCGGGAGGGAACAAGACCCAGAAUCUCACAAUUCCUAUUGCGCUCGUUAGAGACGCAGAUAUAAAGGAUUUGGAACAGACUCUUGGAAGAAAUGUCAAUGUGGGAUUAUAUUCACCCCCUCAACCGAUCUUUGAUUAUAGUCUGGUGAUCAUUUUCCUAAUUGCGAUGUUCUGUGUGUCUCUUGGAGGCUACUGGAGUGGCAGGGCAGAGCUUGAGAAGCUGAAACGAAGCCCCAGUCCUGGAAGCAAUGAGUCAUUAUCGGAUGAAGAAAGUCUUACUUUAACCCCUUUGUCCGCUGUCAUAUUUGUGUCCUUCUGCUGCAUUAUGCUGGUCUUGAUGUAUUUCUUCUACAAAUGGCUCGUGUAUGUGGUCAUUACCAUAUUCUGCAUAGCGUCUGUUUCGAGCAUGUACUGCUGUCUCUCUGCCCUACUGAAAAAAAUACCUUAUGGGCAAUGCAGAUUUCCAUGCUGGAAUCGCGCUCUUGAAGUGAGACUGGUUUUCCUCUUUCUGUUUUGCGUAGCGCUGUCCGUUACCUGGGCUGUGUUUCGGAACAAUGAAAGCUGGGCUUGGAUUUUACAAAACAUCCUGGGAAUUUCUUUCUGUCUGAACUUUAUUAGAACACUCAAAAUGCCCAACUUCAAGUCAUGUGUGAUUCUUCUAGGUCUCCUUCUUUUAUAUGAUGUAUUUUUUGUCUUCAUCACACCUUAUAUUACAAAAAGUGGAGAAAGUAUCAUGGUUGAAGUGGCAGUCGGACCUCUUGAAAGCAGUGAAAAGAGUGAUGGAAACUUGAUGGAUGCCUCUGCUGAACAGUCAGCUCCUCAUGAGAAAUUGCCCGUGGUCUUCAAGGUGCCCAGGUUGGACUUGUCACCAGCCGUGUUAUGUAUGAGGCCAUUUUCAUUACUUGGAUUUGGUGAUGUUGUUGUUCCAGGUCUCCUGGUUGCGUACUGCAACAGAUUUGAUGUGCAAACCAGUUCUUCCUCCGUGUAUUUCAUUUUCUGCACCAUAGCUUAUGGUGCCGGCAUGGUGCUCACCUUUGUGUGUCUAAUAUUGAUGCAGAAGGCUCAACCAGCUCUUCUCUAUUUGGUGCCCAGCACACUCAUCCCUUGUGUCCUGGUUGCUUUGUACCGCAAGGAGAUGAAAAAAUUCUGGAACGGUAACAGCUAUCAGGUGAUGAAUUCUGCUUCCAAUGAAGAAAAUGCCACACAAAACACCCAACACCAUGAGGAACAAUAACACAUCACCAAAAAUAAUGUACUAUGAUUUUUCUACUCAAAUAAUAGAGACUGGUUUAAUUUUUAAACUGGAAUGUUUCAUACACUUUAUUAUGAAAAGAAUCACCCUUUUUUACACUUGCACAUAUAUUUUUGUGAAAAGUUUACUAUUGAUAUUCUCAGAAUUGUUAGAACAUGUUAUCUCUCGAGGUACCAAACCAUAUUCAAUAAACCUGUGCCUUGCUUCAAUUUAAUUCAAGUUUGUGGCCUAUGAGAUAGAUAGAUAGAUAGUAUUUCUAAUCAAUGGUCCAAAUUGCUCCUGGAUCUCAGGCUUUCUACCUAAAUCUUUAUUUGAAGCAUUUAGGAGCAGAAUAAUACAGACCAGAAGUGUCUUAUCAGAGGUCCAUAGGUUACUAUGCAAAUACGAGAAAAUAACGAUGGGCAACUAAAGAGUUACAUCCCAUGAGUGCAGUUCCCAGAAGUCCAGGUUGAUGCCAAUGUUCUGCAGCAAAACAUAUAUUUGAUUGCAUCCAAUGAUUGUCCCCCAAAAGAGAAAAAUGAUGGCAUUGAGGCCUUAACGUUUCCAUUUUUUUAACCUUAUCAAAACCUAAAAACACCCCAAACCUGAAAUGUUCAGCCCGGCCCUUUCCAUUUUAUAGCAAUGUUGUUGUCACAAAUCUUUUGAUCUUCAGUGUCUGAAAGAAAAAAUAUAUAUACAACCUGUGGCCUCAAAAUAGGACUUCACCCGUAUAAUAAUACAAGUUAUAAUGUAUAACGCAGAGGGGUUGUGAAAUCAUAAAAUGAGUAAGAUGGACAGGGAAUCCACUGAGAGCCCAUUCACUCAUUAUUGUUAUAAUUAGGAGUUCCUGUACUUAAUCCAUUGUGAGCUAAUGAAUAUUAUUUUUUUAAAAUACUUAAGAUAAAAAUGGGAAGAAAUAUACAAAAUCCGGAAACUUAACUUUUCCUCUUUGAACAUAAGCACAAAUAAUAAAAGGCUUAGUUUUCAAAAUCAGAGGCUCAUUUUUACUUCUCCCUAGCUGACCUUUUAUUGUCAUCACUGUAACACAUCAUUUCAAUUUUUAUUUCAACCUACGCCCUAACGCAAAGCUUUUACAGCAGUUGUCACAAUACUAAUAGAAUAAAUUCAGCUGUAGCAUUUUGAUUUGAAAUAGAUUUUCCCACUGUUAACAUCUCUUGGAAGUGCUGAUGAACAGAAGUUUAGUAACUUUGAGCACCAACAUAGUUUUAAACCAAAGAUACUUGGAGGAAUGUGUAAAAGAAAAAAAAUGGGAAAAAAGACUUGCCAAUCCUUUAGUUCGGAGGUUAUAUAAGAAUAACAGUGUAACAUAAAACUUCCUCAUUUGGUGCCUUCCAUAUAUCAUAGGACUGCAGCUACAGAAUAUUGUUAAGAAUUCUGGGAAUUGUAUUCUACACAUGUUUAAAAGCCAUCAAGUUAGGAAAAGCUAGAGUAAUUAGUAACAUAGAUCUUGUAGAUCAACUGAAGAGACCGGAAGCUUUUGAAAUAACUGUUCGUUUACGAGGUUUUCACUCAGGAGAAAUAAACUUAAUUUAAAUGGAACUUCAUUUAAGCUAAUGAGAACAAGUCUAAAAAGCAAUUUAAAAGCACUUGCUAUUCUUUUUACUAGUGACUUUAUUGACUUUAUUUGUAAAGUCAUGUCCACAAGACAAGGCAGAUUCCUAAAGCAAGAAUUUCCUCUAAAUGUAUGCAUUAUCUUAUAGCAAUUUAAAAUAUUGAUUUUGUGUGGGUUUUUUAUUUGAGGUGUGACACACCCAUGAAAAAGGUUGUCUUCACGAGAACUUCCCUCCCACGCCCCCAGGUAUAGGCAAUGAAAAGUAGAAUAGAUUGUACCAUAGCUACAAUUCCUUAAUCCAUAUAUCAGAUCCCAAUAGAUUCAGGGACUUCCCUGGACCAGGGAAGAGUUUCCAUCCACUGUUGAGCAGAAUACAGAAAUGGAAAACAGCCUACGUUUUCUUGAUGUACCACUGGGGUCUUCUGUAUAUGUUUUCUUGUAAGGGACAGGAGGCAUAUGGCUGGGAUAUUUCCUGUUUUCAGUCAUAAUUGAUGAACCUUUAUUUAUUACCUGAGUCUUUUCUGUCAAAAGGCUUACUGAUCAUAUGGGACACAUUUAACACAAUCAAGGCUGCAGAGCAGGGAUCCAAUUGGCAACUGACCAUCAGGUUUACAGACCUAAGAAGCUUGAAACAAUAAAUACCAAGGUUUCUUAUCCUGUCCCCAACAUGAUCCACCUUUCUUUUUUCUUUUAUUCUUUUUAAUUAUUCUUUAGUCAACGUGAAUUCAAACAGACUUCUCAUUUUAACACUAGUUGUAAUAAAUCAAGGGAACCCAAAACUUACAUUUGCAUGAGGGACAGAAGAGAGAUCUUUUUCUCUUAAAAUGUUUUUUGAUGAGAGGCAAGUUAAAUUGUAGAUAAAAGGUUAGUUUUAGUUUUAAUUUUGCUGGGUUGGGAGAGUAAAAGAUGGUUGGAAAUGAAUAGACUUUUUGAAUUGAUUUUGUCUAUUUUUUUACAUUAUAUUGUUUGCUACUUUGGAAAUUUUAAAAAGUUCAACAAAUUUAAGUCAUAAUGUCAAAUUUAAUUCUGUUUAAUAUCUACAUUCAUUGAAUUACAUUUGUAAGGGAUAGAGUUGACAAAUUAUAUAAAAUUGUCCACUGAACAUGCCUUUGCUUUUUUGAGAGAGUAGAAUAAGCAUGAUUCAAAUUAUAAGAAAUGUUCCAAGCUUCUCAUUUUGAAAUGUCAAAUUAACAGUGUCUGUAUGGACUAUUUAACAAUAUUCUUUAAAAUUGGGUGCUUUUAACUAUUGGCUACUGAAUAGCAUGCUGGGAGCCACAUUGGACAUUUACUAAAAAGUGCUUAAAAAUUCAGUUGUCCAUUUUCAUUUUAACAGCCUUAGUAACAAGAAUAAUAUUAAUCAUAGUACUGCUAGAGCAAUAACCCAGUUUGAUAAUCACCUUCGCUGCUUUAUUUCUGAAACAUUGUAUAUUUUUAUUUUCUAAGAUUAUUAUAAUUUGGAAAAACAUUUUGUAUUAAAUAAACUUUCAGCAAU